AUGGUGUCGGCCGAUAUCAAGAACCGAAAGCGGGAGGACUAUCCGUUCAUCCUUGACUACCGUACACGCUGGAAUGACAAUGACAUGUAUGAUCACAUGAAUAAUUCAGUCUACAAUUUCCUGUUCGACUCUGCCGUCAAUGCCUAUCUGAUUGAGCAUUGCGGACUUUUGCCUCCUACAGCCACCGAGACGCCUCUUGCUGUGCACUCGCACACGGACUAUCUUGCGUCGAUUGCUUAUCCGGCCGUCGCAGAGGUUGGCGUGCGCGUCAACAAGCUCGGCAAGUCGAGCGUUACGUAUGAAGUGGCUCUUUUCGAGCGUGGAGUGGACGGCGUCAAGGCGGUUGGCGAGUUUGUCCACGUCAUGGUCGAGCGAGCGACUGGCCGCCCAACAGCAACGGGCAUGAGUGAUGGGCUGCGAAAUGCUCUGGAAAAGAUUCACAAAGAUAGGCCAAAGGGUAGCAAGCUAUGA